UAGAAAUAUAAUUAUUUAUAAUCCUUUAUUAUAAUAAUAAUAAUAAAAUAUAUAGAAUAAAUAAUAUUGUAUUUAAAUUAUUGGUUUUUUUUUAUAUUUAAUAUCCCAUUAUAAAUAAAAGUGAAAUAAUAUAGAAUACUAAUAAUUCUUGUAACUAAAAUAAAAUAUCUUCAUUAAUAUAUUAUUUUUUCACAAAUAUAAUUUAUAUAUAUAUAAAAUAUUAUAGUCAUAUUGUUUCAUCUAGAGUUUUUUUUUUGUAAAUAUUUGAUUGUUACUCAAAGUGAAAUAUAUAACAAUAACCAAACAAAUACAAUAAUAUUAAUAAUAAUAAUAUUGGUAAAAAAAUAGAUUAAUAUAAUUUAAAAAAUAUAUUUAGACAAUAAAAUAAUGGAAAUCAAUUAUAGUUGUUUAUAUUGUGAAAAACCAUUAAUAAAGGAUGUAUCAACUGGGUAUGAAACAUACAUCCCUUGUAACCACACCUUAUGUAAUGAAUGCGAAAGAGAAUCAAUAAGUUUAAAGAGAUGCAAAUCUUGUAAUGUUGACAUACUAUAUCACUUUCCCAAUUUAUAUCUAAAACAACUAGUAUUACUAAAUGAAAAGCAAGAAAAGAAGCAACAAGAAAAGCAGUUACAACUUUUGCAGCAAAAGCAACAACAACAGAAUCAAAAACAACAACAACAAAAACAACAACUACAACAACAUUCAAUAGAAGUUUCAUCAGAAACUUGUUCAAGUAACUUUGUAGUAACUAAUAAAACUUCAUCAUCAUCCAUUUCAUCUCCUCAAAUAUCAUUCUCAUCCUCUCCAAACACAAGUAGUGUUGGUAGUACUACCAAUUCUGAUAGUGAUGAAACCGAUAAUAAUUCAACUUCUUCAACAUCUUCAAAUACUAAUGCCCCAAUAUCGAAUACAGCUGCCUCAUCAUCAUCCUCAUCAUCCUCGAAUGUUAAUCCAAAUGAAAUUUGCCCAAAACACAAUAAAGAGUGUCACACCUAUUGUAUGGAUUGUAAAACUAUUAUAUGCCCGGAUUGUGUCGACUUUGAACAUAAAGAUCACAAAGAAAUUCAAAUGGAUAGAAACACAAUUAAUAGAUUCCUUUUCAAUAGAAAUCAACCAGAUACACCAAAUCCAUAUUUAUCUCCACAACAACAACAAUCAUCAUCUUUAGAUCAUCAACUAUUUGAAUUGGUAAAACAAAUAAAAUUAUCAAAAAUAUGGAAACAACAAUCAGUUACACAUUAUUCAAGUGAAUUUAAAAAGAUUCAAGAAGAAUUCAAUCAGUACAAGCAAAUUUUAGAAGAAAGAAAAUAUUAUUUGUUAAAGUUUAUAGAAAAUCAGUUUAAAUAUGAACAAUCACAAUUAGAAGAACAAAUUAAAUCUUUAGAAAGUCAAGCUGAUCUUACCAAAAGAUGUAUUGUAGAUAUCAAAUCAAAUGAAAAAAAUAAAUUGAAAAUAAUAAAAAAUCUUUCAAAAAUCAACAUGAGAAUAGCUAAACUAGUGGUCAAUUCAAAUAAUGUAAACAACUAUCAAUAUCAACAAGAAUCAGAUCAAAUUAAUAAUAAAUUAGCAGAUCAUUUAAGAUCAUUGGGUAAAAUCAAUUAUUUUUUCAAAAACAACAAACAGCUUUUAGCACUUUCAAAAGACAAAACAUAUCAAUUCGAUAUAGAUUCAAAUCAUUUCUUACCAUUUUCAGAUACUUUUACCGAAGGCAGUACCAAUACUUUAACCAAUUACCAUACAAUGAAAGAUCCACUUCUUGCAUACAAAAUGAUGGCAUUUAAAGACUCAAGCAACGGCAAUCAGUCCAAUAAUUUAUUAGUCACAGUAUCAGAGAACCAAAAAAAUAGUCAAAUUGAAAUAUUUAGAAUUAAUGUUAAAACCAAUCAAAUUCAAACUAAAAUCGUUAUACCAUUAAAAAGCUUUAAAACCAAUUGCUCUGCCAUCAUUAUACAAAAUGAAAACCUUUAUUUAAUAGGUGGUGUUAAUUCUAAAUCAAAAGACCCUAUCAAAGAUAUUGACAAGUAUAAUCUAAUAACUAAUAAAUAUGAACCAGGAAUUGCAAAUCUUUCAAAACCAAAACACAGCUGCUUAACAAGUUUUGAUGGUCAACGUUACAUUUAUAUAUUUGGUGGUACCUACAAAUCAUUACAAAUUGGAAGAGCUUCAAUUGAAAUAGAAAGAUUAGAUAUAACCACAAACAAAUGUGAAAUUAUUUCGAAAUUCCAAGAUCCAGAUAUGAAUGAUUUCCAAAAAUCCCCAAUCAUUGGUUGUUUUUAUCAUCAAAACUAUAUUUAUUAUAUGAAUGAAAAAUUCUUUAAAAGAUUUAAUCUAUUAAAGAUGACACCAGAACUAUUAGAAUUUCCACAUUUCACAGGCAACAGUGCAAUAUUUAAUAGUUUACCUGUUAAUAGUAGUUUUUCAAGUAAUAAUAUUAGCAACAACAGUAACGAUAUUUAUUCAAUAUCAUUAUAUAAUGAUACAGAAUCUAUGAUCAUUUAUUUAUUAUUAAAUGACUGUAUAUUCUACUACCCAUUAUCACCACAAAUAAAAUCAUCAGAUAAACAACCUUUCAAAUGGUACAUCAAAUAUCAUAGCAUUAACUCAACUGAUAUUUCAACAUCUUUAUCUUGUGCAAAUUUAGUUGGCUCAAGACAAUCGUGGUCCUCUCAACCUUUAACAAAUAGCUAUUAUGUUCAAAAUCUUCAUGGUUUAUUAAUAUAUAAUGAUACAAAUUAAGAUAAUAAUAAAUAGCUAAAAUAAUGAUAAUAUUUAUUUAUAAUAGUAAUAAUAAAAAGAAUCCUAUUUUUUUUAUUUGUAUAUAAAAAAGCAAUAAAAUAAAAUAAAAUAUUUUUAAUUUUUAUUUAAUUUUUUUUAUAGUUAUUAU